AAUUAUAGUGUCAUUAAAGUAGGUCGUGCACACAACUGUUAUAUAGAUAGGCGUAUGCAGUGGUGAAAAAAUAUUGACUAAAAAUAUUUAAAUAUAACAAAACAAAUUUGCUUUCAACUCUUCAACAACAAAAUGGAACAGUGGAAAGGUCAAAACGCGAUUGUUACUGGAGCCGGGUCCGGCAUAGGAGCUGCCACGACAAAAGAACUUAUUAAAAAUGGAGUUAACGUCGUCGCUUUGGACUUGAAAUCAGAACAAAUAGAGGAUUUGGCACGUACAUUAAACGAUGGUCAAAACGACAACAACACGAAUAACAAUCGCGGUACAGUUUAUCCGAAAAAAUGUGACAUCACCGACGAGCAAGCUGUUAAAAAUGUAUUCUCUUGGAUUGACUCGACGCUGGGCGGGGUCAGUAUAUUGGUCAAUAACGCUGGAAUUAUUUUGAAGACAAGUUUAUUGGAUGGAAAAUACAGUGAUUGGAAAUUGUACAUGGAAGUCAACGUAUUGGCUCAAUGCGUGUGUUUAAGGGAAGCGUUUCAGUCUAUGACGAAAAAUCACAUAAACGGUCAUGUCGUACAGAUCAAUAGUAUAAGUGGUCACAACCUGACGCCAUACUUUGCGCACAAAAUGUAUAACGCUACAAAAACGGCCAUAACGACCCUAUGCGAAGGCUUCCGGCACGAACUCAGUCUGGCGAAUUCAAAAAUUAAAAUAUCGAGCAUAAGUCCGGGUAGCGUGGAAACCGAUUUGUUUAACACUGCGAAUUUCCGACCGUCGGCUCAAAUCAAGGACAAGAUAAAUUUAAAACCGUUGGACCCAAAAGAUAUAGCCGACGCCAUUGUCAUCACACUGGCUACACCUCCUCAUGUACAAAUUGCUGAACUUACCAUAAUUCCCAAUGGAUCAACGAUUCAACCUCAUUGCGCUCCUUCCAUCGCCCAAGAAGAUAUUGGUUUUGUUUAAACAUGUUAAGUGAACCGUCGUCUAUUAAAAAUCGUCAAUAUUAUUAGUUUAUUAUAGUUUUGUGUAUGGCUAAAUAAUGUUAUAAGCCAUGGUUUCCUGUUGGAUUUAUAAAUAAUAAAAUAUAGGUAAUUUCUUUCGCGAAAAAUGCGGUUAAUUACACUACUGAAAUUUUACGAAAACAUUAAUUGCAUUUCUGAGAAA